CUCUUUUCCUCAAUGCGAAUAUAUACGAAAAACACGGCUGUAAACACUAAACAUGUGUUGCAUCGUACACACCCGAGCUUUGACGACUUUUAACUGACCAAAAUGCUUCAACUGUUAGAAGUUUUUGUUGUUUUCUUUUUUGCCUAAGAAGUCGUCAGGGUUCUAUAAUACCAAAAACUGGACCUCGUGCACAAUCGUAUAUUCUAGUUUUAUAUUUCGUCGUAAGUUAUAAACAGCAUAGAAAAAUGCUUUUAAAGAGAAUACCUGCAAGGCUCUGCUCUUCAUUCAUGAUGAGGGCCGUGCUGAGGCAGGCCCACUCCUCGGUCCCGUACCAGCCGGUUCCUCCUCUCGGCCAGACAUUGCAGCGCUACUUGGCGGCUCUGGAGCCACUUUUGCCGGAAGAUGAGCUCGAACACACUCGCAGGAUCGUGCAGGAGUUUGGAUGCGCUGGAGGCCUUGGGGAAAGCCUGCAGAGAGAGCUGAUUAAACGAGCAAAACAUUCUCACAACUGGAUCUCAGAUUGGUGGGUGCAGUGGGCAUACCUGGAAUGCAGGCAACCUUUGGCAGUGCAUUCAAAUCCAGCCAUUUCUUUGCCGAAACGUGACUUCACAGACUGGAGAGGUCAAUUAGUGUUCGCAUCAAAGUUAAUAGCUGGUGUGCUCAACUUCAAAGCUGAAGUGGACAGUGGCAGGCUGGCCAUAGAGUACAUGCGUGGAAACCCAUUAUGUAUGGAAUUAUUUCCAAAGUUGUUCUCCUCCUGUCGAAUCCCAGGACCCAAACAUGAUCUUGUUGUUCAUUAUGGACGCCCACGUCGUGGCCCAGCUCACAUUACUGUGGUCAGGAACUACCAGUUUUUCCAGCUUGAUGUUUACAACAGUGAUGGAACGCCACUGACAGAAAGUCAGAUACAUGCACAGCUGUUACGGAUCCGCUCUCAGUCUUGGAAGACUGAUAAGGAGCCAAUGGGAAUUUUGACCAGCGAGCAUCGACACACCUGGGGACAGGCUUACACUCGCUUGCUCAGAGAUAAAAUAAAUAAAGAAUCUGUUAGGCUGAUUGAGAAAUCACUCUUUACAUUGUGUUUGGACUCACCAGUUAUGAGGAUUUCUGAUGAGAACUAUUCAAGUCGAAUGGCAGCACAGAUUUUGCAUGGGGGUGGAACUUAUUCAAACAGUGGCAAUCGCUGGUUUGACAAGACAUUACAGUUUGUUGUGGGUGAGGAUGGGUCUUGGGGUCUCUUGUACGAACAUGCAACAGCAGAGGGUCCACCUAUAGCCACAUUGCUGGAUCAUGUAUUGGAAUACUGUAAAAUGACAGACAGUGUGCGAGCUCCAUUAAUUCCUCUGCCCAUGCCCAAGAAACUCUACUUCUACAUCAAUUCUGAAAUCAAAUGGGAUCUAGAGAUGGCCAAGCAGAAUCUGGAUAUUCUCAUCAACGAUUUGGACAUCAAAUGUUUUAACUUCCAGUGUUUUGGAAAGAAGUUUGUCAAACAACUCAAGCUGAGCCCAAACUCUUUCGUGCAGUUGGCUAUUCAGCUUGCCUACUACAGAGUUCACAAUGAAGUGUGUGCUGCAUGUGACAUUGCUUCUCUGAGGAUGUUCAGGGGAGGACGAACAGACUACAUUCGCUCUCCAACCAAUCAGAUGCUGAGCUUCAUACAGGCCUUUGAUGAUGUUGCCGUUUCUAGGGAAGCCAAAAUACAGCUGCUCAGAGAGGCUGUCAAUGCAUAUAGCCUCCUCACAGAGCAGUCGCUGAUGGGCCAGGGCAUAGACCGGCACCUGUUGGGUCUUAAACUUCAAGCCAUUGAGAAUGGACUGAGUGUACCGAGAAUCUUCAUGGACACAGCCUAUGGACUUGCCACUCACUGGAAACUUCGAACAGGACAGGUGCCCACAAAUACAGACAGUGUGAUGUGUUUUGGACCGCUGGUUCCAGAUGGAUAUGCAGUGUGUUACAAUCCACAACAAGAUCAUCUCCACUUCUCUGUAACUGCCUUUAACUGUUGUGAGGACACUAACGCAGAAAAGCUGGCUCUCACACUGGAACGAUCGCUCCGUGAUGUCCAGGAGUUAUUUCAGCCUACUGUUUAGUGGACUGCAUCUAGACCUCCGGAGACUAGGAGUUGGUUUGUAACCCAGCAAUGAGGCAGCUUCAGGAAUACAGACUUUAUUAUGUGGUGGACUGAAUGUGCCAGGCUGUGUUCCUUUUGCAAGUGCAAGUAGUCUUCAUAGACAUUUACAUCAAGAGCAGGACACAUGGAUGCCACUGGUGGUAUUUAAAGAGCAGGCAUAAAAGUAAUCAGCUACUAAUGUAGUGAUACCAAACUUAAAGGCAUUUGAAAUGGUCUCUUGCAUUUGGAUUCCUCUGCAGCUUUUUUCAGAAAUCAUGUUGAUUUCAUGCGACAUUCUAUAUACCAGCAGUUUAAAUUGAAUGAAAAUUACUUGCUAAGCAUUUUCUCUGUCAGCAAAUGACCAAAUAUUUAAUAAACUGUUUGUUUGUGUAGAAUCAGAUUAGAUUGUUUUCUUUUUUUUAAGCAAAAGAAAUCUCUGUUGCUUGCCAAGUCCUAAAUAAAGCAUGUUUGAUAUCAGUUAA